CGUGUGGGCCUGAGGAAGUGGGAGUUUCUCCCCUCAUAGAAAUGUUACGGUGGUGAAUUUGAGUAGGGGAGAGAUGCUCCAGCGGCGGUUCUUUUCCUUGCGCGGCUCAGUAGAAAACGGACCCUUCUUUCACUGCAUGGCUUAAAGAGGUCGCUGGUAUCCGGCAGGGGUCUGCAGAUAGGUAAAGCCAUAAGAAACGGAAUUACUCAUACUCUGAACCUGCCUUCUCAGCAUUCUUGUUGGCUGGACUAAGACUAUGGCUCCUAAAGAUAUAAUGACAAAUUCUCAUGCCAAAUCCAUUCUUAAUGCAAUGAACUCUUUGCGAAAAAGUAACACACUAUGUGAUGUGACCCUGCGUGUGGAGCAAAAAGACUUUCCAGCACAUCGUAUUGUAUUAGCUGCUUGCAGUGACUACUUCUGUGCUAUGUUCACGAGUGAGCUUUCAGAGAAAGAUAAACCCUAUGUGGAUAUCCAAGGGCUAACAGCCUCAACUAUGGAAAUAUUGCUGGAUUUUGUAUAUACAGAGACUGUUCAUGUAACAGUAGAAAAUGUUCAGGAGUUGCUUCCUGCAGCCUGUCUACUUCAGCUGAAAGGAGUAAAGCAGGCUUGCUGUGAAUUUCUGGAAAGCCAGUUAGAUCCAUCUAAUUGUUUGGGUAUUCGUGAUUUUGCUGAAACGCACAAUUGUGUUGAUUUAAUGCUGGCAGCAGAGGUUUUUAGCCAGAAGCAUUUUCCAGAUGUAGUACAACAUGAAGAGUUUAUCCUCCUCAGUCAAGAAGAAGUGGAAAAACUCAUCAAGUGCGAUGAAAUUCAGGUAGCUUCUGAAGAGCCUGUAUUUGAGGCAGUAAUUAAUUGGGUGAAGCACUCAAAAAAGGAACGGGAAGCCUCUUUACCAGAGCUUCUGCAAUAUGUGCGCAUGCCACUUCUAACCCCACGCUAUAUCACCGAUGUCAUAGAUACUGAGCCUUUUAUCCGAUGCAGUUUACAGUGCAGAGACCUUGUAGAUGAAGCUAAGAAGUUUCAUUUAAGGCCUGAACUCCGGAGCCAAAUGCAGGGUCCCAGAACCCGAGCACGUCUAGGUGCCAAUGAGGUUCUCUUAGUAAUUGGGGGUUUUGGAAGUCAACAGUCUCCCAUUGAUGUGGUGGAGAAAUAUGACCCAAAAACACAAGAAUGGAGCUUCCUACCAAGCAUCAGCCGCAAAAGACGCUAUGUUGCUACGGUUUCCUUGCAUGAUCGGAUAUAUGUGAUAGGUGGUUAUGAUGGCCGUUCACGUCUGAGCUCUGUGGAAUGCUUAGAUUAUACUUCCGAUGAAGAUAGCAUCUGGUACUCUGUGGCUCCAAUGAAUGUUCGACGGGGUCUAGCAGGGGCCACAACUUUAGGAGACAUGAUCUAUGUUUCCGGAGGUUUUGAUGGAAGCAGACGCCACACCAGUAUGGAAAGAUAUGAUCCAAACAUUGAUCAGUGGAGUAUGUUAGGAGAUAUGCAGACAGCUCGUGAAGGUGCAGGACUGGUUGUGGCUAAUAAUGUUAUCUACUGCCUUGGUGGGUAUGAUGGUCUAAACAUCUUAAAUUCUGUGGAGCGGUAUGAUCCCCACACUGGGCAUUGGACAAAUGUGACUCCAAUGGCUACUAAACGCUCAGGAGCUGGAGUAGCCUUGCUGAAUGACCACAUCUAUGUGGUUGGAGGGUUUGAUGGAACAUCACAUCUCUCCUCUGUGGAAGCUUAUAACAUUCGUACAGACUCUUGGACAACAGUAACAAGCAUGACAACACCCCGCUGUUAUGUGGGGGCAACAGUGCUCAGAGGAAGGCUUUAUGCCAUAGCUGGGUAUGAUGGAAACUCACUCCUGAGCAGCAUUGAAUGCUAUGAUCCUAUCAUUGACAACUGGGAAGUGGUGACAUCACUGGGGACACAACGUUGUGAUGCUGGUGUUUGCGUGCUGCGGGAGAAGUGACUUUAGGAAAAGGCUUGGGAGAGCACUUCCGUGGAACAAUUAUCAGAAAAAGCAUUGCCUGACUUGGAAUUUCUCAUCUUGUAGCUGUGAAUUAAGUGACUGUUGAUAUCUGGGCUAUGCUGCAAAUCAUCUACAAAUCUACUGAUUCCAGUUUAAAGAAAAACACAGACACAAAGCACUUUGACCUGACAAUGGAUGAAUUGCAUGCUUGUGUAGGCUAACCCUGUAAAAAUGAAUCAUCAGAGCUGCAAAAAUGUCUGUGCCUCUUGGCCUGCUGAGUAUCUGAGAUUAAGUCGCUCAUCUUAGUCAUUUCUAAGCAUCAGCACAUACUCACUGAGGUAUGAGCAUGUCAAAAGUUUGGUUUGUUCCCAAGUAUUUCCAUAUACCAAAUACGCUGGUGAACAUUGUAUGAGCAGACCAAGCUUUUUCGGAUUUUUUUUUCAGAUUCUGCACAACUUGCCCAUGUCCCUCUGGAAAGCAGCCAGCCACCAACUGUUGUAUGAAAAUGAAAGAUUCUGUAUGUUGGUAUAAGAACUUUACAUAUACAGUACACCUUAAUAGGAGGUGGGGCAAGGGGCAGAAAUAAGAGGAAAAUUACCUCCUGAAAUAUGCAGUCUUGUCUGUUGGGAAGAACAACAGGCAAGUAAGUAGACUGAGUUACAUUUUUAAUUUUUUUUUGCCAGAGGCUAGAAUCAGUAUGCACUAGAGAAAAAGCAGUUGUGUGCUAGUGCUUGUAAGCAACAACCAGGUUUAUGUUUACAUUUGCCUUCUAAGCUAAAAGCUCUUACCAGUAGCAGAACAAUGAAGGGUGUUUUUGGCAUCUUGAGUGCAACAGUUAUUUAUAAAUAACAUGUGUUUUUGAAGAAAACCUCUACCUAAGUUACUUUUUAGGGACUGGAUGUGCCCAUGCAAUGUGAGUGAUCGCUUCCAAUCAUAAAGCACUCCCAAUUUUACAGUAGUCACCUUCAAGUUGCACUGCAGAUAAGAAUGAAAUCUGGUACCCUACACAGAAUGGCAGUGUCUAUGGCCAGCGUGAAUAAUGUCAGCGCACAUUUUCUUGUAUUUAAUUUCUGUUGUUCUUCUCUAUGCUUCAGCCAGAAAGGCUAACCUCCUUCAUAUCCAGCAAGGACUUUUGAAUAAUCAUCUCCAAAGUGAGCUGGAACUGUUAACUUUUGCUCAAGUCAUUCCUCUGUGGUGGCACCUAAGUUUCCCAGGUCCCUGUCUCCUUAAUAUGCCCCUGAUGUAUAAUGCAGCUUGUGUUAGAUAUGUGAAGACAAGUCACUUUGCUGGUAGAAACAUGAGCCUGUGGAUAAUGCAGCUCCAUCCCUCAAUUAUGUGCUGUGACUUUCAGCGUGACCUUGGCAUUUUCUCCUUUGAAUCUACUGAGACGUUUUGUGUGUUAUCCAAUCAGGAACCAAGGGAUGAAUGUAUUUAUUUUCUUGGGUGUGGGUGACUUCUUGCUUUGGGGAUGGGGUACCAUAGAAUAAUUAUGCACUUUCAGAUAACUGAGUUUAUAAAUUCUGACCUAUCACACUAGUGUUUGAUUCCUUUCAUAUGUAUUUUUUAAUAAAAGGAUGGCUGGUUCAAAUAAAUAUUUGAUA